AUGAUUAAUGAUGCGUCAUCCAAACCUUUCGAACGUCUUUUUCGAACGUUUUCGAGAAAAUCUAAAGAAUUUCAAAAGAAAGACACUCUCAUAACAAUGUCGUCUGUGGCAGGAUCAAAGCGUCGAAUUGACAAUAAGUCGUGCAAAAUCAAGUACAAAGCUCUUAAAGCGUUGGAAAAGGAAAAGAUUUACAAGCAGUUUAACAACGGGCAAACAUCGAAGAGAUCAAAGCCAGAAAAAUUCGAAGAUGUGAACAAAGCUGUUCAUAAAUGGUUACUUAUGAUGAGGAGUGAGAAUAUCCCAAUCAGUGGCCCGAUGCUGAAAGAGAAAGCUCUUGAGUUUGCCGAAGCGUUGGGUGUCGAGUCAUUUCAAGCUUCUCAGGGGUGGAUGGCUAAAUGGAAAACCAGGUAUAGAGUACCCUUCAAAACCAUCGCUGGAGAAUCAGGGUCCGUCACUGAGGAAAUGACAGCGCCAUGGUCGGAGACAACAUUACCAACCAUUCUCUCCCGCUAUCCUCUGGAAGACAUUUUUAACGCCGACGAAUUUGGGCUUUUCUUUCAAUGCCUUCCCAAUAAAACUUUGCAUAUGAAAGGUGAUAAGUGUUCUGGAGGAAAACACAGCAAAGUUAGACUUACUGGUUUAGCUGCUGGUAAUGCCUUGGGGGAACGAUUGCCAAUGUUUGUAAUCGGCAAGUCCGCCAACCCUCGUUGCUUUAAAGGUGUCAAAACACUACCCUGUCGAUACCGUUCGCAAAAGAAGAGUUGGAUGUCUGGAGAGCUGUUCGAAGAGUGGGUACGCGAGCUUGAUCGAAAAUUUUCUGUCUCUAAGCGAAAAAUUGCUUUGAUUAUUGACAAUUGUACCGCACAUCCUCAUGUUGAAAACCUGGAAUGGGUAGAAUUGAUCUUUCUUCCUCCAAAUACCACGUCCCGAACCCAACCUAUGGACCAAGGAAUUAUCCGCGCCCUGAAAGCAAAAUAUCGAUCGCUAGCAGUGCGGAAAUUGAUAAAAGCCUUGGACGAGGAAAAUUCGACUCCGAAGUUCUCGAUUCUUGCAGCUAUGUACAUGCUAAGGAAAGCAUGGGAUGAUGUUUCCAACAAAACAUUCACCAAUUGCUUUCGAAAAUCAGGAAUUUCCCAAAAGGAUGCAGAAAGAGCGAUCAACGAAGAUGACGACCCUUUUAAAAGUUUAACCAGCGAAGUAGAAAGAGACCAAAUUCCAACCCUCGAUGCUGAACUCUCUUACAUAAAACGAAGGUUUCCUGACCACAUUGAUCCUGACUUAUCAACUGAAGAUUUCAUUGAUUUUGACAUUGAAGUCAGUACAUCCCAUGGGCGUCUGAAGACUGCUGACAUCAUUGCUGAGAUCACUGGGACUCAAGACGAAGAAUUAGAAGAGGUCGACGAAGAAGACAAGGAGGAAGAAGAUAAGAUCACAAGACCGACGGCCGAGCAAGUGCGUACAGCUAUCAACGUCCUCGAAGACUUGAGUAUUUUUUCACAUUUUGGAGAAGAAAUGAUAGCUUCCCUUGAAUCGUCCUUGUUAUAUCUCAAACUGCCUAGAAAUGUCUCUUCUCUGCUAAGGCACAAAUUAUACCAUAUCAGUAUUAUUGGGUUAUGUAAUAAAUAUACCUAUAUUUUGCCUGGAGAUUGGCCUGUCCCAUCAAUCAUUGGCACGCAAAUGGCAUUCGGUAUGACAAGAAAUUGGAUGAAUAUCGAGUUUAACGGAACAGACACCAUUUUAGAAGCUCAUAGUCCUUUAUCAUAA